AUGACACCAAGAAACUGGACAAAAUACAAUCAAGAGAGAAGUUUAGAAGCUUGGCUUUCAAAUAUUGAUCAUGGGCUGAACAAAAUAGAAAUCAAAGAAGUAUCAAAGAGAGAAAAUGACGCAAUAGUGAAAUUGAUUAGUCGCACAUGGAAAUCAAAUUUGGCUGGCCAAGGUCUUGACGCUCAACAAAGGGGAUAUUCACAAAUGAGAGUAGUUAAGGUCGAAAGAAUAGAAAAUCCAUCUCUUUUCCUGAAAUAUGCCCAGAAUAGACAAGAUUUUCUUCGUCGUCUUGAAAUUACAAAUCGACUAUUUGAAUUUCCUAGAGUGACAAAAAUUGGACCAAUCAAAACAACGGUAAACAUGAACAAGAAUGUAUUUACAGAUAUACAUUCUGAAAUAAAUGAGCAUUACUUGUUCCAUGGUACUUCAGAAGCUACGGUCAGAGCCAUUGCAAAUGAUGGUCUAGAUGUCCGUUUAGCAGGCGAUGGUAUGUUCGGACGAGGAAUUUAUGCGGCAGAGUGUCCAACGAAGAGUGACCAUUAUACAGGUGAUAUCUUAUCUAUGUUUGACUCGGUCAUGUCGGCUAUUCAUGGAAAGCAUAGAGAAUUUAUAACUUAUGAUCAAAACAGAUGUUCAAGUUAUCCAGAAUAUAUAAUAACUUAUAAAAGAGUUUGA